CUAUAAAAUGAAGUGAAUGUGAUCAAAAAUAAUUAAUUAGCAAACAUUUAAUUAUGUGUGUUCGGGUAGUGCAGACGUGUGGCGGGGAAAACAUCAUAAAAAUAAAACACAUCUUCAGGACGUGUCAGCUUAACCAGACAUACCCCUGCCCAUGAUGUCAGCCCCGGCGGCGGCGACGUGCGGCGCGGACUCGCCCCUGGGCGCCAUGUUCGCGGCCGCGGUGCAGUUCUUCGCGGCGGCGCAGUGUGCGCUCACUGAACCCUGGCCCCCCGUGCCCACUGUUGCUAAUAAUUCGCACUACGACAUAAUAGUGGUGGGGUCGGGCACGGCAGGCUCGGUGCUGGGCGCGCGGCUGUCGGAGGUGCCGCUCAACGUGCUGCUGAUCGAGGCCGGCUCCAACCCGCCCGCCGAGAGCAUCAUCCCGUACUUCCGCGACGUGCUCAAGUCCAGCAAGUACGACUGGAACUACACGACGGAGGACGACCAGUUCUCGAGCCAGGAGCUGCAGCACGGGGCGCAGCGGCAGCCGCGCGGCCGCCUGCUGGGCGGCUGCGACUCCAUGAGCGACAUGGUGUACACGCGCGGCUUCCCCUCCGACUACGAGGCGUGGGCCGCGGCGCUGGGCCCGCAGUGGGGCUGGCCCACCGUGCUCGAGUACUUCAAGAAGACGGAGCGCAUGACGGACGAGCUGAUCACGCCGCACCCCGAGCUCAUGAAGCGCCACGGCACGGCCGGCGAGCUGCACGUGUCGGGCGCGCGCCGCUACUCGCACACCACGCAGGUCUUCUACGACGCCUUCAAGGAGCUCGGCUUCGAGAUGGUGGAGGACAUGACCGACCCCACCAAGAUCGGCGUCGGCCGCUUCUCGCACACCAUCCGCCGCGGCCGCCGCCACAGCGUGGUCACCGCGCUGCUCAACAAGGCGGGCCCCCGACACAACCUGCACGUGCUGCGCGACGCCACCGCCACGCAGGUGCUCUUCGACGGAGCGCGCGCCGCCGGCGUCGCCGUGCUCAUCGACGGCCGCGAGCACCACUUCUACGCGGACAAGGAGGUCAUCCUCUCAGCGGGUGUGUUCAACACGCCCAAGCUGCUGAUGCUGUCGGGCAUCGGGCCCCGCGACCACCUGGAGGCGCUGGGCGUGCCCGUGCGCGCCGACCUGCCCGUGGGCGAGCACCUGCAGGACCACACCAUGGUGCUGCAGCACCUGGCGGCCGCGCCCGGCACGUGCCCCUCCCCCGCGCCCGCACGCUACGCCGCCCUGCUGCGCUACCUGCACGACCAGGGCGGGAACUUCUCCGAGACGGACACGAUGGGCGCCUACAUGGUGAACGAAACGGCCAACCCGCGCGCGCCGGAGUUCGCCAUGUUCCCGACCUGCCUGCCCGCCGGCUUCGGCUUCUACGCGGGCUGCACCAGCAUCCUCGGCUUCAAGGAGGGCAUCUGCCGCGCGCUGGACGACGCCAACCGCGAGCACGAGCUCAUCACCGUGGCGCUGGUGCUGCUGGACCCGCGCUCCACCGGCCGGGUGCGCCUGCGCUCGCGCGACCCGCUGGCGCCGCCGCUCAUCUACUCGGGCACGUUCAGCCACGCGGCGGACCUGGCGCGCUUCCCCGCCGCCAUGCGCAAGGCGCUGUCGCUGAAGGACACGGAGUUCCUGAAGGCCCGCGGGGCGCGCGUGGUGGAGCUGCCGCUGGCGUCGUGCGCGGGCGAGGAGGGCGAGGCGGCGCUGGCAUGCAGGGCGCGGGCCACGGCCACGUCAGCGUGGCACGCGGCGGGCACGGCGCGCGCGGGCGCGGUGCUGGACGCGGAGCUGCGCGUGCGUGGCGUGCCCGGCCUGCGCGUGGUGGACGCCAGCGUCAUGCCGCGCCUCGUCAGCUCCAACACCAACGCCGCCGUCGUCAUGAUCGCCGAGCGCGCCGCCGACUUCAUCAAGACGCAGUACGGCUUCCAGUGAGCGGUGCCGGCGCACGGGGUGAGGGCGGCUGAAUUAAUAUGUUCAAUAGGGUAAGAGAGAUGAAGAAUGAAUGUUGCUCGUAAGCUGCAGUGUUUUCACAGAUUAUUGUAUUUUAGUGUAUCAGGAAUUCAUCACAAAUGUAGGACUUAAACAUUCAAUAACAAUAUCUAAUAAUAAUCACAAAGUAAAACCUGAUACGCUGCAUACCAAUAACUCCUCAUAAAUAUAUUAUUUUAAGUGAAUUAUGUACCUGCUCAAAUCAAUUCUUCUAUAAGCAAAUGGUGAUUGAUAAUGUUAAGUAAUGUAUGUUUGUAUUGUAUUUUUAUUUCUUUGACCAGUAAAUGAGAUUAGAGAGACUGAUAGGUAACAUGUGUGUUUUCGUGUUUAAUUAAUGUGAUGUGUGAUAUUUUUUUAAUUAUUAUUGUAUUUAGCGUAGGUAUAAGUAAAUUGAUUAAUAUUAAUUUAGCUUUAACACCACCUGAGUAGCUUCAAAUUUAUUGAAUUCAUAAAAUAUGUGAAAUAUCUAAUUAAUUGAUUAUAAAUUAAAGAGAUUAUUAGUAAUUGGUUAUAUUGGUUAGUUGACUUUUCAAAUCAAUUACUUACUCAUCGAGCUGUAAUGACUUAGAUAUCAGUAAUAUAGGUUCACAUUAGCAAUUAUAAAAGUUAAAGUAAUAAACAAUUGGUUAAUAAAGAUAUUUAAUAUUCAGUGAA